AUGGCGGACGAAAAUGAAACAAAAGGCGUCUUCGCACGUUUCGGAUUCGGCGGAAAGAAGGUGACCAAAGCGAAGCUCGGGAUGGAAUCGUCGUUUUACUUCGACGAGGCGACGAAGACGUGGGUGGACAGGAGCGGCGCGAGCGGGACGGGUGGCGACUCGGCGAGCGGAACGGCAUCGCAGGCGCCGCCUAUGGCGCCGCCUAUGGCACCGAUUCCGACGACGACAGGGCCGCCGGGGAAUACAUUCGGAGGACCGGAGACGACCGGUGGGGUGGGUGUCGGGUCGCAGAGCGGGUCGCCGAGAGUGGGCGGCGGACCGCCGCGACAGCGAUACGUGGAUGUAUUCGCGCGAGACGGUGGAACGACGAGCGGGCCGGCUGUGAGCGCGCCCGUGAGUGCGUUUGUUCCGAGCGCGGCGCCGAUCGGGGCAGGAUUCGGAGGUGCGCCGGCGCCGGGGAUGUCCUUUUUUGUCCCGGCGCCGCCGCCGGCGGAGGAACGCGAGGUUGACGCGCACGAGGCGCCGUUGGAACUGUUAAGACCGACUGCGAGCGCGACCGAAGAGGAAAUGAAGAGCGAAAACGUUGCGCCGAUCAUUUCUGCGGUCGACGCGCUGGAACAACCUGCGCGAACGUCAGAGCCCGCUGUAGAGGCGGAGUCAUCCGCGCCCGCGGAGACGCCUUAUCCAGAGAGCGAGGCCUUGGACGCGUUCGGCGGCGGUGCGAGUGACUGGGCGAGCGAACAAACCGGCGCGGGUGUCGCGAGCGAUUGGGCGAUCGAUCAAACCGACGGCGGCGCGAACGACUGGGUGACUGAACAAGCCACUGACCAAGACCAAGGUGUGCGAUGGGACGCCCAAGCCGAGAGCGCAGGCGCACUUUGGGAGUCGCAAACACAAGAUUGGCUUCAGCACGAAGCUGCCGCCGCGCCGUAUCCGGUCGAGGAAGAGGUUGGGGCGCCUGAAGCGGUGGAGACACAACAUAUCUCGGCUCCUGAGCCGUCGAGUGAGGAGGCCCACGCCGACGCCGCGGGCGAAGCGCAGGCUUCUUGGGAAGGAUACGAGGGUCAUGAAGACUACGAUUACGAUCCACGCUGGAAAUGGGACGAGAACAAGAACGAAUGGUACUGGGAUGGCGGUGAUGACGACGAGAACUGGAUUGAGCGAGCGACGCACGACGCCGAGGUGCAGGAGCUGCGCUCGACGAUCGAGGCGACGACGACGGAGUUGGAGGACGUAAAACUCAAUCGUGACGCCGUUGCCGACGAAUUAGCUCAAGCGCUUAGGAGGGAGACGGAAUUGUGCGCGAAGGUUGAGACUCUUGAGGUGGAGCUUGCGAGUCGCGCGCCAGAGGCCGCGAGUGCAGAAGCCGUCAACGAGGCGUUCGAGCGCGGUAAAGAGCAAGGAUACCAGGAGGGUUACGCUGCGGGAAGCGCCGAGGCCCAGGAAGAGCUCGCCGAUCUCCUCGUAUGUCUCGGCCAAGAGGGUAGACGCGUCGAAAAGCUCCGCGACAUGCUCGCAGAGACCGGCGCGGACAUGGACGCCAUCCUGGCCGAGUUUGAGGCGGAGGAGGACGAACAGAUCGCCAAUCUCGUCGCGGGCGAACAUGACGGCGCAACAGUAGACACAAACGACGUCUCGCUCGAUCAAAUCGACGACGUCGACCUCUCCGGCCUUCCGGAGAUUUCCCCGACCAUGAAAGCAAUGGCGGCGGAGAUCGACACUCCUGAACGAUUCCGCGAUUUCCGCGUCUCUUCCAACCUCAGCGCCGACGCAGAUGAAUUCAUUCUCCCAACCCCGCCCAAGGCGAAGAAUCGCGGCGAGCGCAACCUCCAGGAGGCUUUCGAGCUCGCGUAG